AUGCACUUCCAAAGCAGGAUUGUGGAGAAUUGCGUUCUAGUCUAUCAAUUAUUGACUGUGAUUUUGUACUCGCCUUUUGCGCAAGCCGUUACAAAUGUCGACCCAUCGUCUACGCGCGAGCUCGAUCAAUUCCGUUAUUGCAUGCGUCAGUCACAGCAUCCGAGCUUACGCGAGUGUAUCGGUCGUACGGCUAUUAAUUUCAUACAACGCUUCGACGAACAGGAUAAUUAUACACUCUUCAGCGAUCUGGUUUCUACGAAAGAUGACAAAAUUUCAGGCCGUUCAUUGGUGAAUUUCUUGGAUACCGAUCCAGUGGAUUUUAGAGGCAUAUUGGAAAAUGCUGGAGCCGUAAUGGGUCAACGUGGGCUUGAGUGGCAUAUGGAUGCCAUUUAUCCCGGAUUGAUGUUCAAAAUUGGUCCCACCGCCGAUGCGAAUAGUGUGGCGCAGUUCGUGCUCGAUCCGGCCGCUAUUGAGCGUAACUUUGGCUAUGAAGAACCCAGCACAGCUCGCCUCUUAGCCAAACAAUAUUUGCUGCCGUUUCUGCUUGGUCUUAAAUUCAACUUAGUCGCACUGGUACCGCUUGUAUUCGCCGGCAUCUGCUUGCUGCUGAAGAAGUCGCUUUUCUUAGCCAAAUUCGCUAUAUACCUAAGCAGCUUUUUAGGCGUUGGCGGUGCUUUAACUGCGCUGAGUGCUGGCGCUGGUGCUGGUGGCUUUGGUGGUUUCGGACUUUUCGGCGGCGCCGGCGCUGGUGGUGGCGGUUUACCGCUCGGACCAUUCGGUCCACAUGCAUACGGUGCCGCCGACGGUUAUAUACCCGCGAAGGCGGGUACUUUCAGCCAUCACUAUGACAACGAUGAACUGCAUCAUCAUCACUCGCCCUAUAAGCGCAAUGAUCGAAAGGUUGUAAACUUCGAAAAAACGCGUGAGUAUGCAACACGUGCAACGGUGACCGCAACUACGCCCGCGCCUGACCGCUUUUACGACUAUGAGAAGCAGGUGGCCAUGAUACACAAUAGAAGUGGAAAGCUGCGCUCAACCAACGGUAAACUGGGACCGAGUGCAUAUGAUGAUGAUGAGGGCGAGGUGAAACUCGCUAACUACAAGACAACGAAUCAGGAAAACAAUGGCUGGAAAGUUGUCGAUCUACGGAAAUUUCUCUCUAAAAUCAAAUCACGCCAAUUAAUAAGUAUGUCUGCCCUUACACGUGGCCGUCAGUGUUUGUGCGUGGCAGGAUUGCUUCUGCAAUGUUUGAUCAUACUCAAAUGCAGUGUGAUUACGGUAACCAUCACAACACCGCUAAGGGAGCACGAGCACAACAAUAACACAAACAGCACAUCAGCCGAGUUCAUGACACUGCGCGGCAUCGGUCGUACAAUCGCCCAUUGUUUGGUCGCAACGGAGCAGUGGAAAUGUUUCGAGGAACAAUUAAACCGAUACGUCGAUGUCGUUGCACAAGAUAACAGUACUUGGCAGUUGGGUGAUUCUAUUUUCGUAGAACCGUUGACGGGUAGCAGGAGUGAAGGGCAUGUGAAAGAACAAGCCACAAAUCAGCGCGUGCAGCACCAACGCUCCUUGCUAUCGAAGGACAAUCAUACACAGGCAGAGCUAGGCAUUGUGGGAAGUCUAUUGCAGUUGGCGAAAUCUCGUUCGAUACGCUUCAAGCUGCCCAGUUCUAAGCAGACGCUAAAUAAAAUUGGCGCUGGAAUUUCAGAUGUCAUCGAUGGAUUUACUUUGGAGAAUAUUGCGACGGCCGCUGCCACGACGACGGAGGCGGCGCAAGCGGAUGAAGCACGCAAAAAGAAGGGCAAAGACAAAAAUAUGGCUAUGAUGGGCGGCAUGGCGAUGGUGGCGAUGGUCGCGCAAAUGUUCCUCGGCAAAGUGAUACUGAUCGCGGGCGCCGCCUUCGUAAUGGCGAAAAUUGCGCUUGUUAUCUCUGUACUUGGCAGUCUCAAAAAGGGUUCGGUUGGCAGCAGUGGUAGCACUACUGAACGGAUCGUUGUCACCGGUCAAACGCAUGGGAGCAUUGGUAGUGGAGGACAUGGUGGACAUGGUGGACAUAGCUACGAGGCGGGAUGGCAUCGUAGCAUGCCACACCUUUACGCUGAAACGGAAAUAAUAAGCGAAGAGCCACACUUUGCAGAAACCUAUACACACAACACUCACAAAACACCACCACAACAGCAAACGAGACCAGGAGCUAGUCAUCAAAAUCAUGGUUACUACAUCAAGGAAAUCAACGAAGAGGCGGAUAACGGUUUUAGAAAGAGACAGACAAAUGGGGAAUUUCUCUAAAGUUAAUUUAUACGAUAUAGAA